AUGGAGGAAAUUGAUUAUUCAUUUUCAGAGGCGGAAGGCAUGUCGGGUGGCUUAUUAAUUUUGUGGAAAGUUAGUUCCAUAUCAGUGGUUUUCAGCUUUUGCAGUAUCGGUUAUUUGGGUAUCAAAGUAAGUUGGAACAAUAGGUUGUACUAUUUUGUUAAUGUGUACUUUGCGUGUACGCUCUCUUUGAAGCGAGUUCUAUGGAAAAUGUUAUUGGAACUAAAACAAAGGUAUAGGCAUGGUGAUUGGAUCAUUGGGGGAAAUUUGAAUGCAAUUAAGAAGAGGAGCGAGAGGGUUAGGAUUCCUAAUACGAGUUACAACACGGAGUGGAGGGAAUUUUCUGAAUUCAUAGACAAUAGUGGUUUGAUUGAUGUUCCUUGUAAAGGUAAGAAGUAUAAUUGGUAUAGUGGAGAUGGAAAAUCCAAGAGUAGGAUUGAUCACUUUUUUAUUGAUGAUAGUAUUGUCGCUUCAUGGGGAGUAGUUGGUCAAUUGAUUGGUCUGAGAGACGUUUCGAAUCAUUGUUCGGUUUGGUUAUUGGUGGAUAAAAAGGAUUGGGGGCCAAAACCAUUCAAUUUCAACAAUGAAUGGUUUCGCAAUAAAUAUUUCUUUCAUUUUGUGGAGUUCGAGUGGAAGGCGCUUGUUGUGAGCGGUAGGGGUGACUUUGUGUUUAAAGAGAAAUUUUGUUUAAUUAAGGAAAUGCUCAAAUGGUGGAAUAAAACGGUUUUUGGCAAGUACGAUUUCGAAGUGGAGGAAGGUGUUAGAGAGUUGAACGAGGCGGAUGAUCUUGACGAUAUGAGUGAAGAGGUACAAGCUUUUAAAAUAAAGGCUAGUUGUAGAUUUUGGUUGAAUCUUAAAAUCAAAGAGAAUAUGCUUAUUCAGAAAUCUAGGCUUAAGUGGUUAAAUUAUGGGGACUCGAAUAGUAAAUAUUUUCAUAGAGUAAUGAAAGAGAUGAGGAGGAGGAGGAGGAAUCAUAUUUGUUCUAUUGUUACGAGUAACAACAUAAUUAAUAAGGUGAAUGAGGUUAAGGAAGAGGUGAGGAAUCAUUUUGAAGGGAAGUUUGCGGAGAAUUGUCUCAAUAGACUGAUUGUGGAAGGGGUUGUGUUCAAUUCUUUGAGUUUGGAGGAUGUCAUAUCCCUCGAAUUACCUUUUUUUGAGGGGGAGAUUAGGGAAGCGGUAUGGAGUCAUGAAGGCUCGAAAAUUCCGGGUCCCGAUGGUUUCUCUCUUCUUUUUGUGAAGAAGUGUUGGCUUUUCUUAAAAGAGGAUUUUGUAUCUUGUUUUAAGGAUUUUCAUUCAGGAGCUAUAUUGUCCAAGGUUAUAACCUCUUCUUUUAUUACCUUUAUUCCUAAGUCCCCUAAUCCGCUAGGAUUAGAUGAUUAUGGGUCUAUUUUCUUGGUGGGACGUAUUCAUUAA